AUUACGUAUGUUUUGUUACAUUGAAAUUAUUUGUAAUUUUUCGCGAAUGAUGUCACAAAAUGGCGACUACCAUGCGACUAUGCAACGAUGAUUUCGUCUCUACGCAGUUGGUGGAAAUGUUAAUUUAAUGGAAAUUUCCACUGUUUGGGGUUGGGCAGUUUAAAGUCAGUACAUCGACUAAAAGCAGCUAUUUAGUGGCAGGGGAGAGAAGGGUCGUUACUACAAUAUUUUAAUAACUAAAGUAUUCUCGACAUCAAAGAGGGGGUAUCAAGGUCUGUUGUGUUCUGUUAGACUAGCCUGCUAGCUAGCUAUACAGCUGGUUAGCUAACGAGUCUGCGAAUGUAAGUCUAAUUUCUCAGUUGGCCCUGGUUGAUGUCACCCAGGCUACGUCGUGACCUAACGUUACUUUAUAGUUUGUUUACUGUUACUCUCCGUUAUGGAAAUGGAAUACAAUGGUGGUGUUACGGGCGGGGUGUUGGUCAGUGGAAGUAAUGUCCCUGCAUUCCUAACGAAACUUUGGACUUUGGUGGAAGAUCCAGAAACGGACCCUCUCAUUUGCUGGAGUCCGAGUGGAAACAGCUUCCAUGUGUUUGACCAGGGAAGAUUUUCUAAAGAAGUACUUCCAAAAUACUUCAAACACAAUAACAUGGCCAGCUUUGUCCGCCAACUUAAUAUGUACGGUUUCCGCAAGGUCGUCCACAUUGAGCAGGGCGGGCUGGUGAAGCCGGAGAAAGACGACACGGAGUUUCAGCAUCCCUACUUCGUCAGGGGCCACGAGCUGCUGCUAGAGAAUAUCAAGAGAAAGGUCACCGCUGUCUCUAAUAUUAAGCACGAGGACCUCAAACUCGGCCAAGACGGGGUCUCCAAACUACUGAAUGAUGUGCAGCAUAUGAGGGGAAAGCAGGAAGCCAUGGAUUCCAAGAUCAGUGCCAUGAAGCAUGAGAACGAGGCUCUCUGGAGGGAGGUGGCCACCCUACGGCAGAAGCACGCCCAGCAACAGAAAGUCGUCAACAAGCUCAUCCAGUUUCUGAUCACCCUGGUGCAGUCCAACCGAGCUCUCGGGAUGAAGAGGAAAAUUCCCCUAAUGCUGAAUGACAGUAGCUCAGCUCACUCCAUGCCCAAGUUCAGCCGGCAGUACUCCUUAGAGCACCGGCAGGGUUCUCCCGCCUUCCCGGCCCCCACGGCAGCCUACGCGGGAGCAAGCCUCUUCCCCCCCGACUCGCCCGUCAAAUGCGGCCCGAUCAUUUCUGACGUCACGGACCUGGCGCAGACGAGCCCCACCGAGGUCGCCAGCGAGUGGACAGAGAACAGGAGGAACCCGCUGGUGCGCAUUAAGGAAGAGCCGGGGAGCCCCCCCCUCAGCCCGGAGGUGGAGGAGGUGAUCCCGGGGGAGGUGUGCUCCGUGGCCGACACGCCUCUGUCGCCCACGACCUUCAUCAACUCCAUCCUGCAGGAGAGCGAGCCCGUGGCCUCCGCCCAGCCCGACCCCGAGCAGAAGUGUCUCAGCAUCGCCUGCCUGGAAAAUGCUCCACAGAUGUCAGAAGUCUCUUAUGUUUGCUCAAGUCUUCCCUCCACCUCUUCUCAUCCCAGACCACUACCAGGGUCCGAACUGUGCGACCAUUUGGAAGGCAUCGAUUCCGGAUUGGAGAACCUCCAGACAAUCAUGAAUGGGCAGGCUAUCAAUUUUGAUUCUUCGCACCUUUUUGAUGUGUUCAGUUCCUCACUAUCAAACGCCGAAUUCAGUUUGCCGGAUUUGGACAACAGCCUUGCCAGUAUCCAAGACCUGCUCAUACAAGACCAGAAGUCAAAUGAAUCGAGCGAAAACACAACAGAUGCUGGGAAGCAGUUGGUCCAGUAUACGUCCCAGCAGGUCCUCCUGGCAGACCCCAUCAACAUGGACAACAGCGGGGAAGACCUUCCCAUUCUGCUGGAGCUGGAGGGCGACGCCUACUUCCGCGACGACUCGGAGGACCCUACCAUUUCCCUGCUUUCCAGUGAUUACCCCCCCAGUGACACAGAGGACCCCAAGCUGUCAUAAACACAUACAGGCUUUUCAUUUUAGUUUUAUUUUACAAAGGAUGUACAGCUGUGUCUGUCGCUCCAGUUUCAUAGGCGGUUGAAAUGAACAGGUGAACCAAAAAAAUUAAAUUGAGAACACUGUAAAUUCAGGCAAUCGUUUUUUUACAAGUUGUGAAAGCAUUUUUUUUUUUGCUUAAUAUCCCAAAAAGAUGGGUUUAUCUUUGUUUUCUUUUUUCAGAUGUAUUAGGGUAGCUUAACCAAGAUAAAUAAAUUUAUCCUCAAUUAAAUAAAUUUAAGCAAUAGAAACGAUUAAGCUCCUUGCAUGAUCGUUCUUGUUUUCUACAAAAAUAUUUUUAGCAAGUACCUAAAUAAGUAUUAUGUUGGACACAUUGAAGGCGUACUAUGCAGAAUUCUUUAGCCUUGCUUUGGUCCUGUGUUUACAAUGAACAAAGUCUCCUACUCUGUCUUCAACCCCACCCACUCACCCCGAGUUCCCCACCUUACAUAGGCUAGCUGGGUAGCUGGAAGCGACAUUUUUUUACAGGUCCAACAAAGGACAAGCCAUCAAUGAAUCUGGGCAUCAUACAUAGCAACAAACACCCUGAUGAAAUGUGAUCCCGAACCACAGGCCCUGCAGCCACACCCACUCCUCCGUACGCAGAAAAGAAUGCCCCGCCCAUAAAGUCCCAGACAUGUUUUAGAAAAAAUAAAUACAGGUGAAGGUGCACAUAUUGGGUGAAAGUGCAUAAAGACAGAGAUUACCAGUGCGUCAUAGAUGUGUCUCAGCAUGGUUAUUUUUAUAAUAUUUUCUAGGUAAAAAUCCUGCAUAGUAUGCCUUUAAAAAUGAACCUCUGAAAGCUGAGGGAAAGUGCAUUGCAGUUGGUCUAUAUCUUGGCUGUACAAUCUGAAAUCUUAUUUUCCUGUCCUGAUGAACAUUGCCCAUACAGAAGGCUGUCACUGGUGUGUUGCUGAAAUGUUCUGUAUUCUUGCCUUCUGGUGUUCGAGCAGCUUGCUAACCAUCUAUUUUUAACAGAUAGACCUUUGUGCUGUACAUAGCUUCUGUAAUAUGCAUUUUAGGCACAGAAUAUUUAUACGUUUCCAAAA